UGAGAAGCAACAGGGGCUGGAACUAUGCAUUUGAGAGUUACCUGGAGCCAGCAGAACUCUCGUGAACGAAUGAACACAAAAGGCAGGAAGGAAUAACUGGAGAACUGAGAGACCCAAUUUUUGGAGCGCUUGGGGGUCUUAUUUGUGGAUUAAGUGCAGAGAUUUCUGUUUUCUCAGGCCUUCAAUCUCAUACUUAGGUGAGAAAGAAACCGCUUUCCGAAUUGGCUUCUGCCAGCCUCUGCCCUACCGAGCUAACGUGGAGAAUGGGGGAAGGGAGCUAGAGGACCCCACAGGGUGGUAUGCACCUCUUCCAAGCAGCGUGCACCACUAGGAUGCACAACAACAUUCCUGACCUGGGAGCUCAGCUCCCUCCAUGCGCAGUGUGCCCCUGCAGCCGGGCCUUGGCACCUGGGAGAGCACGGAGAUCGCACUGGCCCCGGCCGCUCUGCACCUCGAGGUGCGUUUGCAGCCACCUGCAGCCACGCCCUCGGUGUUUGCAGCCAGUGCAAGCUGGCUCCCGGCGGGAACACUGUGGCUGGAGUUGGGGGGCGUGGCUGCAUUCCCUCGCGCCCUCUCCCGCCCAGGCAGUCCCGGGAACGUUCUGAAAAGUAUCCAAAAGUUCUGCGCCGCGCGCGCGCCAAAAGAAAAAAAAGGGCACAACCCCCCACUAGUCUAGGCGUUGUGUGCCCGGACCUCGCCACUCGGGCUGCACCUUUGGCUGCAGCGCACACGCCUUCUGCGCCUUCCCCUCGGGAGCCUCGCGGUUGGCCGUGCUCUUCCCUUGCAGCCACUCCAGACCCGAGAGGGGGCCGGACGGUCCUCGCACUUCUCGCUGGGGCAGCAUGCCCAACGACGACGCAUUCAGCAAGCCCUCUGCAUCUUCGGAGGCCCCGCACGCCGCCGGGGCACCCCCGCAGGGCAAGGCCGGGGGCUUUGGCAAAGCGGCUGGUGCGCUGCUUGGGAACAGCGGCGGCGCGGGCGCCGGGGGCAGCGGCGGCGGCGGCGGCGGCGGCGGCAGCGGCUCAGGCUCAGGCUCGGGGGCGUCGGGCAUGGGCUCCGGGAGCAAGAAGUCCCCGCGGCUGCCCAAGUGCGCGCGAUGCAGGAACCACGGCUACGCGUCGCCGCUCAAGGGCCACAAGCGCUUCUGCAUGUGGCGGGACUGCCAGUGCAAGAAGUGCAACCUGAUCGCUGAGAGACAGCGCGUGAUGGCCGCGCAGGUGGCCCUGAGAAGGCAGCAGGCCCAGGAGGAAGAGCUGGGGAUAAGCCACCCCAUUCCGCUGCCCAGCGCUGCCGAGCUGCUUGUCAAGAGAGAGAGCAAUGGCAGCAACCCGUGCCUGAUGACGGAAAGCAGCAGCCCCUCGCAGCCCGCGCCGGCCAGCACCCCCACCACUGCAGCAUCAGAGGGACGCAUGGUCAUCCAGGAUAUUCCUGCUGUCACCAGCAGAGGGCACGUGGAGAACACACCUGACCUGGUGUCUGACCCCACCUACUACAGCAGCUUUUACCAGCCGUCUCUGUUCCCAUACUACAACAAUCUGUACAACUACCCGCAGUACUCCAUGGCCUUGGCUGCCGAUUCCUCUUCUGGGGACCCGGGAAGCCCCCUCGGGGGGUCCCCCGUGAAGAACAGCCUUCGGAGCCUCCCCGCACCUUACGUGCCUGGGCAGACCGGAAACCAGUGGCAGCAGAUGAAAAACUCGGAGAACCGCCAUGCAGUGAGUUCCCAGUACAGGAUGCAUUCUUACUACCCGCCUCCCUCCUACCUGGGCCAGAGCGUGUCCCAAAUCUUCACUUUCGAGGAUGGCCCCUCUUACUCAGAAGCCAAAGCCAGUGUAUUCUCGCCGCCCAGCAGUCAAGAUUCUGGCUUGGUUUCCCUCUCCAGCAGCUCUCCUAUUAGUAACGAGAGCACAAAGGGAGUGCUCGAAUGUGAGUCUGCCUCCGAGCCCAGCAGCUUCACCGUCCCUCCCGUCAUCGAAGAGGAUGAGUAAAUGAUGCCCGGUGCCUUUGGCCGUUUGCUUCACUUGGAAUAGCAGGCUUAUUCCAUUUAGACACGGGGUUUGUUGUUAACAUUUUGCCUUGACUCAUGUCGACUUAACUGUUGAGAGCGUGUUUGGUUUAUACUCCUUAGAGCCUAGCCUCUGGGCUAAAAUGCAUUUGGAAUAGUUUAGGGUCCGUGACUACCAUCUGCAAGACUUAAGUGCUUUGCUCACGGGAGUCAAAUAGUACUGUUUCCCCCUCCCUUUUUUUAUGAUACUGGUUUACACGUAGUUUUCAAGAAAUUACAGUAAUUCACUAAAGUCAAGCAGUACAUUUGCAUCUAAAUGUGUCAUAAUUAGAUACUACUUCUGGUUUUAAAAUGAAAUCUUAGGUGCUUCAGACGUUUCUAUUUUAGUAUUUUAAUAAUACUGCAAAAAUAUAAAUUUAGCCAAAUACCUGACCAGUGAGAAGAAGAGAGCAGACAAACUUAGUAAUUGUUUUAGAAAUCUGCAAGAAGGUCAGAGUGAUUGGAAAUACUGUGUGUUUGUGUUGCUGUUGGAAAAGCCAGGCCCUCCUCCAUUCCCCCCAACUCGAAAACAUGAUUGAAAUACAGUCAGAAAAAGAAAUUAAAGCCCUAAAGAGCCAAUACAUUUUCUGUGUAAAGGGUGUAAUUUCAAAACAACGCAAUUUAAAGUAACCUCAGCAAUGCAGAAUUCCUGGGUUUGUUUCUAGAAUAAUAGGAGAGUUUAUCCUACACAUUCUUUCUACUACAGGGGGAAAAAAAUGGAUGCAGUCUAGACUAUUUUGUAACCUUAGGUUGUAAUCUGAUUUGAAAAUAAGUACAUCUUUAAAAGUUACUACAGAUUUCUGAGUUCAUUAUUUUGUUAAAAAUUGCUUGUGGAGUACUUCCUUAUGUAACAGAAGCCAUCCUGAAAUGAAACUAGUCGGAAAAAAAUUCAUUGUUCUGUGUAGUUGCAGCUGUACCUGAAAUAAAAAUGUUAUUGAU